AUGUCUAAUAUCAAAGCAGUGCAGCCGGAGCAAAUCACCGUCCUCUUACCUGACAUGUUCCAAACCUUCCUCAAGCAAGCACCUCUAGUAAAUCCUCAUUAUGAAGCCGUCAAAGCGGAGUCGGAAGAAGCACUGGGCAGAUUCUGUGCCUUUGGGCCGAAAAUGAAUAUCAAGGUCAACAAAUGCGAUUUCUCCUACUUCUGCGCCAUUGCCGCUCCGCAUGCUUCUCGAUCAAGGUUUCGAACCUUGUGUGACUGGGGGAACUGGGUUUUCCCAUACGAUGACAUGUUUGACAAUGGACACCUGCGACAUCGACCGGGAGAAUCUCAGCUCGUAAUGGAGAGCUUGAUGAUGCCCAUGCUGAGCGGUGCCUCUAGAAAAGACCUCAACAUCAAAGAUCGCCUGCGGAUUGUAAAGUUCCACGAUACCGUUGUCAAGAGAAUGGCCUUGAAAACACCCACCGGCAUCCAACGGAGAUUUGCCCUCGCGAUGCAAGGUUAUUGCCGAGGCGCACUCGUGCAGAUCGACAACCAGUUUUCCGGAAAACGCCCCACGCUCGAAGAAAUCGCCAUGAUCCGCCGAGAGUCCGCGGGCUGCAGACCCCUAUACCACCUGGUCGAAUAUGCACAUUGCCUCCGGGUGCCGGACGAGGUGUUUGACCACUCGGUCAUUCAAGAGCUGGAAAAUAUCGGCAUGGACAUGGUGGCCAUAUCAAACGACAUUCUGUCCUACCGCAAAGAACAAGCAGAGGGAGUGCCGCACAACAUGGUCACGGCCUGUCGACUCAGCGGAUUGUCGGCACAGAAAGCAUUUGACAAGGUAGGCAAGCUUCUCGAAGACCGCUACCAGCGCUGGGACAGGGCCGAGGCCAGUGUCCCGAGCUGGGGAGAGGAGGCUGAUGUUCACGUCCGAAAGUACAUUGAGGGCAUCAAAUGUGUAGUCAGAGCUAAUCUCAACUGGAGGUGA